GUUCGUCAGAUAAACAGUCCCACCAUCAUAAGAAGCGAGGCAGCAACUCCAGUUCUCAUCACCACAGCUUUAUCAUUAGAAGAUCCCUCCCACGUGGAAGAAAGCGCACUUGAGGCAAGCAUUGUCAUCAAUCACGAAAAGGAUAACGGCCAGAUUGCCUCGGAGCAAAUUAUUGAGCCUACGGCUGAGGUCGCACAUUCAAACAGUUCUCAAGCUAUGAAGCCUGACCAAAAUUUGGCAUCAAUACACCAAUCACAAAGGCAAUUAGAGUUACUUGAGUCACUGGAGCACCCACCAAAGGACACCAAACACCCGACGCAAUUCUCAACCACACACAGUACAUUCUCACCACCUCCUAUUUUACCUCUAUCAAAACCUCUUGAUUCUCCUAGCCCGACUCGUCUGCUUCACGUUGUUCGUCUGCUAGGCAUUGAGGUAAUUGAACAGCGUCUCGAUAAGCUAUAUACUCUUGCCGAGCGAACUUUGUUCUAG